AUGCUGUUCUUUGGAAAAUCUCUGCUCGGCGCUGGUUACGUCGUGCUCAACGUUAUUCGAGCUAUGAACAUAAUUGCCUUACUUAGUGCAAUGGCUGCAAGCUCAGUCAUGCUGGUCAAGACAUUCAUUGUGUCGAAGUUUUUCUUCUUCGACGCUUGCGAACACAUCAUUAGGAUUGUGAUGAGUGGUUUCCUGAUCGUCACAGAACUUCCACUCUUCAAAGGCUACAUUUCGCGGAAUUGGCCUCUCUUCAGCCCCCGAUCUAGCUUCAUCAUGCUAGGUAUAGUCAUGAUAUUCCUGGGCAACAGCAUCUUGGGUAACCUCAACAAACAAGCGACGAGUCAAGAGAGUUUGGGCCUGCCAUUCUGGCGACUUGUCAUUGCUUCUGGCAUCGUCGUGCUGGUCAUGGGGCCGAUCAACAUUCUUGCGAGUUUUGUGUUUAGAGACAAGAAGGCACAUCUCACUGCACGUCAAGUCCGAUCUCAUGGCGCAGUGGCCUCUCACAAAGCCGAUGUCGAAGCCUCGACUCCCAAGCCACCCAACCGGCGCAGCCACUACCGGUCAUUCUUCUUGGGCUCUAAACGUGAUACUCUCCCACCUUACAACGUCCGCAAAGGUACCAAGCAGAAUGACAUGGUCGAAACCCCAAAGAUGCACCUCGCUAUCUCAUCACCGUUCCAAUCCCAGGACGCCACUGCCCAGAGUCCAGGUGGUGCGAGCUCAAAGUACAGCCAAAGUCCCAAGAGUGAACGCUACUUCACGAGCCCGGAGCUGAACAGACCCGACCUAGCACAUCAUCCUGCCAUCACACACGGGCAAGCUCUCUAG